AGAAGAAGAAGAAGAGGAGGCGGAAGCAGCAGAAGAAGAAGCAGCUCCUCCUGGCCGCUUGGUGGCGCCGACGCUCUCUUUAUCGAGGCGAGAGCGACUCAUUGAACAUCCGGUUAGGGCACCGCAUUUUGUUUGCCCGUGAAGAUGCCGAAAUUUUACUGUGACUACUGCGACACAUACUUAACACACGACUCGCCAUCAGUAAGGAAAACUCACUGCAGUGGACGCAAACACAAAGAGAAUGUAAAGGACUAUUAUCAGAAAUGGAUGGAGGAGCAGGCCCAGAGCCUGAUCGACAAAACAACUGCGGCAUUCCAGCAGGGGAAAAUUCCACCCACGCCGUUCCCGGGCGCUGGCCCUCCGGGCGGAUCGCUGCUCCCUCAUCCCAAUAUCAGUGGACCGCCUAGGCCAGGCAUGUUACCAGCUCCUCCAAUGGGUGGCCCUCCAAUGAUGCCCAUGAUGGGUCCUCCUCCACAUGGCAUGAUGCCUGGUGGUCCAGGCCCGGGUAUGCGGCCCCCUAUGGGUGGGCAUAUGCAAAUGAUGCCAGGUCCACACAUGAUGCGACCUCCUGCUCGGCCAAUGAUGCUCCCUGUAAGACCUGGCAUGGCACGACCGGAUCGAUAGAAAGAACUGUUGUGCCAUGAUUGCCUUCCUCUUCUAAACAAAGACUCCACCAACUGCAUAUAUUGGCUUUACCAUGGUUUCAGUUGUUUCAGCAACAGAAGGUCAUCGAUUUUCAUUUAACAGGACCCAUAUUCUCUCUUUUUAACGUGGAUGUCCAUCUUUUUCCCCUGGCCAAUUAUUCAUAUUUGUUAAUUAAGAUACAAUAUAUGUGAUAUUUCCAAGCUGGAUUGGUUUAAGUUUUAGUGUCAGAACAUUUUUUUUUUUUUUUUUUUUUUUUAAGGACAGUUUUCACAAUAAAAUUUUAAAAAACUUCAGAUAUGUCUCUGCUAAUUCAAAUUUAAAAUAAAAAUAUUAGGCAUCUGUAACUAAAGUUGGGAUUUACUUUUUCCCCUCAAGUAUUAGAAGGUACCAGAAUGAAGUAUGGAAAACAUAAUUAAUUGGCUUAAUAGGUGACACGAAAAAAGUCAUUAAAUUUUAUUAGGUCAUUUAUAUUGAUGUGACAAUUAAAUGAAAGAAUUAUGAACAUUUUAUAACAUUUUAGGUGAGUUCCCAAAAUAGACUUGUUUGUUUAAUUCAAGGAUACAAAUGCUACAGCAUUUGGCAAGUCUCUAUCUUGACAUCAUAUCCAAAUACUCAGUGCAAACAAAAUAAAGUGCAAGCAAUAUACAGAAAAUGUAAGUGAUUUAUGAAGAGAGGGACAUGCUUUUUUUUUUUUGUUUUGUUUUGGGUUUUUUUUUUGAAAGUUAGAUGUCCCAUCACAUCAUGAAUAAUGGGUAACAAUGCUAAGGUAAAUGCUUAUUUUCUGUCAUUUCACAGUGUGAUUAAAGUUGCGUACCUCCA